AUGGGCGCAGCAAUGAAGGACUCUGUAGAGAAGAACGGAGGGGAUCCUGUACAAGCAGUGAAGCAAUUGUUAAGGACAGUAGUCCGUAUGUUUUACGAGACGGAGCACAUCGUCAUCAUGGACGCCCUCUGCUAUCACGGCGCACUUCCCGUGGCCGACAUGACCAUCAUUCUCGAUGCAGGCAAGAACUCGAAACAUGUUAGUAAGGUUGCGGGUAAGCUUAGGGAGGCCGGGCUGUGUUCUUCGUAUACUCAGCAUGUCCUGCGCCAGGGUGCAAACAAGGCAUCAAGCAGAGAAUUCUUCUACAUCGACUGGCGCCGCGCCGUCGACUCGGUCAAGUACAAGAUUCAUAAGAUUGACGAGGGCAUCAAAAGGGACGCGAAACCCACGACCGAAAAACCCGAAUUCAAAUGCUUGCGAUGCAAGUCCACAUACACCACCAUGCAGGCGCUUGACCAUCCCGAUGACAAUCCUGGACCAGAUGACAGUGGUUUCAUUUGCGCCAGAUGCGGCUUUCGACUGGACGAAAUCGACCAGGACGUUCAAGCAGACGACGUCGACGAUACUCCAGCCAAGUUCAACAAGCUGUUCGGACCGCUAAUCGAGAUGAUGUCGAAAAUCCAGGACAUGGGUAAUCUUCCCAAUCUGGAACCACCAGACAUCAUCAGCGAGAGGAUCGAGCUUCCUCGCGAUAGGAAUGUGGACCCUGGCACGCAGGUCGAGGUUAUUGAAACUGUCUCCCGCCCGACUGCCGUCAAGGGCAUCGAUACGGGCCCGGAGAAGAUCAACGUUCAGAUCGGUUCGAGCGCGGAGGAGAACGAGAAACAACGAGCGGCAGACAGGGCGCGCCAGGAAAAGAUGUCUUUGCAGAAUCAGCUUCCUUCUUGGCACACCAAGUCGACUGUUAUCAAAGACGCAGCAGGAAACACGACAAGUGUGAAGCGAGAAGCAGAUGGAGUAGACACUCCCAGUAUCAAAACCGAGCCAGGAGAUAGCGUGGCCACUAAUCAGAACCUCGAUGCUGUCUUUGCCCAGAUCGAGGCCGAGCGCCGCAGGAAGGAGCAGGAAGAGGACGAUGACGAGGAGGAUGAGGAUGAGGAUGAGUUUGAAGACGUUGACGUGGGUACACCCAGCGCUCUUCCGGAUGCAAAACGUGUCAAGCUGGAAUCGUCCGCUGCCCCUACGCCUUCGGCUGCUGCAACUCCAGCUGCAGCAACUCCAGCCGCGUCGAAUGGUGGCGACGAGAGCGAAGAGGAUGAAUUCGAAGAUAUAAAGCGCGAACCGACCAUGGCCGCAUCCACCAAAUCACUCUCCUCGCUGCUUGCACAAGCUACCAUCGACGACCACGACGAAGUGCUAAAGGCCACCAAUGCGGCGCUCAAGAAAUCCAAGGGCGAUCUGGACGCGCAGCACACAAAAGCGAUAGCAUUGCUGCACUUGGACCGUUAUGAGGAUGCAUUAGAGGUGUUUGAGGGGGCGCAAGAGUUGCAGGAGAAGGCGCGGUUCGAGUACGCAUAUGCGCUCUACAAGACUGGCAAUGCAGCAAAGGCUGCGGAAGUGGCCACAGCCGCGGGUUCAGAUGCAGGUCGGGGGAUGAAGCACAUGCUUGCUCAGGCCGCAUACCGAUCCGAGAACUUCGCGCAGGCCACCAGGAUUUAUAAGGAACUCGCAGACCAAAACGUCGAAAGCGAAGAGUACGAUAUCCGCAUCAACUCGGGGGCUGUAGACGCGCAACUGGAAUGGACUGGGCAAGGCGAGCUCGCGCAAAAGAAGCAGCCCACACGUGAAGAUCUGGAAGUCUUCGAAACGGCCUUCAACGCGGCAUGCGGCAGCAUAUCCCGCAAUGAGUUUGGACAAGCCCAAGUGUGUCUCAAGCGCGCGAAGGAUCUGUGCAAUGCACUCUCGGACCUUAGCGAAGAAGAAAAACAGGCCGAGUUACUGCCAAUUACUGUUCAGCAAGUCUAUGUCCUGACGCAACUGGGCAAGAUUGACGAGGCCGAGGAACUGGCCACCAAGAUUCCUUUUGCAGACAUCAAGGAACUCUCGACCCGCUACAUUGCCCAGGUCAACAGCAUCGCCGCCUCCAAAGAGCACUCAAACCCUUACCUCUCCCAUCGUCUCUUCCACGCAUCGCCGCAACCUCCCGUUACCGAUCAGCAUUUCUCCCACCAGUCCAACAUUCUACGACAAGAUGAAUACGUUAUGGCAUUGCUGUCGCAGAAGGUCGCGGGCGUGGCAUCUUCGACUGAGAAGGUCAUCUCCGCGUCGCCUGCACCAUCUCUGUCUCCUGCCGUCAACAUGGCAGCAGUGUUGAAUGCGGCAGCUCACGCAAGGAAUGCAGACACCGAGAAAGCUGCAUUGAAGGAGAUCGUACCGUUGCUAGAAAAGAGGCCAGCUGAUGUGGGUCUCAUACUCACGAUAACGCACUUGUACGUUAUUACAAACAACUACGCCGCUGCGACACAUUUGCUAGAAUCGUUUUUCAAGCGAUUGGAACAGAGUGGCUCAGCAUCCGAUUUAGACGUUCGUUUUGCACCAGGACUUAUUGCUGCACUUGUGUCGCUAUAUGCACAGCAAGGUCGACCAGGCGCUUCCAAGAACGAGCUAGCAAAGGCAGCUGAGUACUGGCGGAAACCUCACAAGUCGAAAACGGAAGCGCCAUCCAAGUCUCUGAUGGUCGCUGCUGGCACAGCACUUCUCGACACUCAUAACCCCGACAACGUCAAAACUGCAGGAGAGAUCUUCCAGGGCUUGUAUGACCAAGAUAACGAAGACCGGGCUUCUAUCGCUGGUCUUGUAGCUGCAUAUAGCAUCACAGACCCAUCAUCAAUACCUGCAGACCUCCUGGCUUACUUGCCAGAAGCCAAUCGUCUAGUUUCUGAUAUCGACGCAGUUGAGCUUGAGAAUGCAGGUGUUCCACUUGGUACCCUCACAUCAGUUAACCUCGGAGCGGAGUCAAGGAAACGUAGCCUUGCGCCCAACAAGGAGGUACCGGCCAAGUCGAAGAGGUUGCGUAAGUCGAGAGUGCCAAAGGACUAUGUCGAGGGUAAGAAGAUGGACCCCGAACGAUGGCUUCCAAUGCGUGAUAGGAGCUACUACCGUCCCAAGGGUAGGAAAGGAAAGAAAAGGGCAGAAGGCCUUACCCAGGGUGGUGUUGUGGAGAAUGACAAGGGCACACCGGCCGCUCAAGAGAAGAAGGGCGGUGCAGACAAGGGAAAGAACAAGAAGAAGGGCAAGGGUGGUAAGUGGUGA